GACCAAUGACAAAAUGAGUGCUGUGGAUGAUAAGAAAUCAAUGGACAGCGAGUGCUAUUUCUGCAAUGAGUUGUUUGAAUUGGGACAGUUACAGAGCCACCUGAAGCUAUGCGGCAGCAUCUUGGAGCAGUGCCCGCUGCGCUGCGGCGCCUGGAUCCAGAGGAAGCACAAGGAGACACACGUGAAGGACUGCCCGAAGAUGGAAAAGAAUCGCUCCACAUCAUCACCGUCACACGCUCGCAACGCUGACCCUUCCCCUCCAGAACCCAUCAAGAACCACACGUGGUCCCCCAGGGCAGUGCAGCUGGAUGACUGCGUCACUUAUCUUGAGAAGGAGGUCGCUAAUAUUAAACUAGUCAUCACAGAAGAAGUGAACUACCGCGACGUGCAAGCCUCAGAACUCGAGAACCUUCGCUCGAAGCUGGUCCUAGUGGAGGAGCGAAGUCAACACUUCCUUUCGACGCUUGUGUCUUUGCGUGCAGCUGUGGAUGAUGAGGCGGAGCGUGCUGCCAACUGGGCUGCACAGUUUAAACAUGACCUGGCUAAUGUGCAGCUAGCUUUACAGGAGCUGCAGAGUCAGCAGCUGACGACAGCGAUGCGGCUCGAGAGUACAGUCAGCAGCUUAUUGCACGAGCAACAUGAACGCGAGCUUUUGGAGACAGCGCUCACGCAGCAUGAUAACAGGAUACGUGCCGUUCAUAAGCUAGAGGCAGUAAUCGAUUACAUAAAACAGACGGUUGAAGAGGAGCGCGCGCGCAACUCCGAGAGCCGCGCGGCGCUCGAGCAGGAGCUGGCGGAGGCGCGCAGGUCGUCGGCGCAGUUAGGGCAACUGGCAGCAGUCACGGCGCAGCUGCAGGGCGCCGCUCAUGACAGGCCGGAAGUGGACCGCCUAGCAGUCCUCGAGCUGGCAACCACGGAAGCUCGCGCCGAAACCGCUGAGCACGCGGCCCGCGUGGAUAUCGUCGCGAGAGACAUGCGGGCUCUCACCAAGUCGUACCUUAAGCUGAGGAGCGAGGUGGCAGACUUCCAGGCGAGGGUGGGCUUCGAGAGGGCGGAGUUUGGGAGCGAUGAUGGGCACCUUAUCUGGCGAAUUGACAACUUCACGGGGCGGAUGAAGGACGCAAAAACAAAUGACACUGUGCUCACCAGCCCAUUGUUUCGAACUAGCAAAUACGGAUACACUUUGAAGGCGGAAUUGAACCUUAACGGCAUCGGAAAAUGGAGGGGGCGGCACAUAACGUGUACCGUGCGUCUAGUCGGCGGGCCUUACGACGCGCUGCUGGAGUGGCCCUGCGACAUAGCGAUCAACAUUGUGCUGCGGGAUCAACCUAAUAACCGGAAUCAGGCGAUGGACAUAGUAAAAUCCCUCCAGCUCCGUCGUAAAUCGUCGUCCAAACGUCACGACUACGACUCCACCGACGAGAAGACGCGCUCCACGGAGGCUCUCGACAAGACCGUCACACAACUGAAGAGGCAGUACAUCUUCAUACCUCACACCAGCUUGGACAAGUUCGAGUAUGUUAAGGGUGAUACGGUGUUCUUUGAGUUUAUUGUCAACCAAUAAUUAACCAGCACAACUCAGUAAAC